AUGAUUAUUAACGCUUUAAGAGAACACAAAACAAUGAAUAAAGAUGACAUAUCUAUCUGUUCAUCUGCGACUGUUCUUGCUUCAGCUGCCAAGAUCUAUUCCAUUGGUCAAGCAUUGUCUGGAAAUGAAUCUGCUGUUUUGCCUCAUAAUUCUGCCAACGAUUCUGGCCAUGAAACAUCAUCACCAGAUUCAGCACCAACGCCCAAUGAGGAAAGAGCUGUUUCACCUGCAACAACUAAACCGGCUAAUGACAAAAUCGCAUUGUCGUCGGUUGAUAAUGCUGAAACGACGUUUCGCAUUCGAAUUGUCGCAUCUGGCACGGAACCAUUCGAUUUGCAAGUGAGUUCAGGUGAAAUGGUACAAGAGUUGCAUCAGGUUCUACUGGAACGAGAAGCAACAUGCCAUCGUACUUGUUUUAGCUUUCGACUAAACGAUGUUGCACUUGAUCAUUUUACCGAGUUGCGGAAUGUUGCUGGUCUCAAAGAUGGCUCUGUGUUGAAAGUUGUUGAAGAGCCGUACACGACAAGGGAAGCUCGAAUUCAUGUUAGGCAUAUUCGUGAACUAAUCCGUAGCCUGGACAUGACCGAUGCUAUUACUGGUACUGAUGGUGCAUCGUUGUCAUACCUUGCUACGAUGACAUUAGGUGAUCGUAAAAAAAAUAUGGAUAAAUCUUUGGAAUGUUUGCCUCCAGAUUAUAUCAUGCCUGGAUAUAGGGAACGACCGUUGGUACCAUUAUUACCGACUAUAAAAGAACCCGUAUUGGCACUAAAAAGUUUGGCAAUUUCUCCAUAUAAUCCACCAUCAGGGCAUCGGAAAUUAAAGGGUGAUGUGUUGUAUUUGACGGUUGAUACGAGAGAAGGACGGCGUUAUCAUAUCACUUGCUGUACGAAAGGUUUUUACGUAAAUGCAACCACUGAAGCAGGUUUUCAACCAACUCCUUCACCAUCUUAUAAGACCAUUCAUCACUCGUUGAUGGAUUUGCUUUCUUCAAUCAGCAUAUCAUUCAAACGAGCGAUGUCACUAAUUUUAAAGAAACGUUCAGAGAAGCAUAUUUUUGAACGAAUACCAACACCCUAUCAAACCAACUCGUGGGUAGCACCGGCUUUUCAACAAACAGAGGAUGGAAUUCGUGCAGAAGAUUGCACACAACCUCAUAGAAUCGGUCUUGAAGAUCAUAUUCCUGGGCAAAUUCGUGACUGGAACGAGGAAUUGCAAACAACACACGAGUUGCCUCGUGGAACGCUUGCUGAACGAUUGAUUCGAGGAAGAGCCAUAUUCAAAAUUCAUAGCGAUUUUGUUUCAACAGCGAUUAAAGUGAUUACACUUUCUAUGGCAGUUAUUGAUGGAAACGUUGUUGCAAUCAACCCAGCCGAUGAACCACGAACGCACAUGUUUAUAUGGAAUAAUUUAUUCUUUUCACUUGGAUUUGAUGUUAAAGAUCAUUACAAAGAAUUAGGAGGGGAUGCUGCAGCCCAUGCUGCAACAUCAAAUGAUUUGCAAGGUGUCCGAGCGUAUGCUCAACUUGAUAGUCCCAAACUUUUUACUUUGGGUAUGGUCAUUGUUGAUUAUAAAGGAUAUCGAGUAACCGUGCAGUCGAUAAUACCGGGUAUUUUAGAGCGAGAACAAGAACAAAGUGUUAUAUAUGGUUCAGUCGAUUUCGGCAAAACAGAUUACCACUCCUUGUUGUCAAAGCCCGCAGAACAGCUAAAAAUUUUGCCACAUGAAGUUUACAAUGGCAAAGAAGAUGAAAAAGUUGUAAAGUUGUAUUCAUCAUUUGAAACGAAGGGCAUCAUUGGGAAUGAUUCGAGACACUAUAUUUUAGAUCUUCUGAGGACUUUCCCGCCAGAUGUCAAUUAUCUUGAAAAUGCUGAAGUCACGAGAAUAUGUAAAGCAAAUGGUUACCCUCGUCCUUUUCCUCAUAAGCUUGCUUCGCUUAGACAAGAGCUGAUUGAAGCUUUCGUAGAAUGUCGUUAUUUGAUGUUUGUUCGUGUUGCCGCAUAUCACGUACAUCAUAAAAAAACUGAUUUGGAAACAUGUAAUACUGUUAACAAAGUUGAAGGUGAAAAACAAAUAAAAGAAGAAGUAGAAGAAGACAAAUCUGAUAAGACAGAGAGUGCAAUAAUGAAGCAAAUUAAGAGCGAAAUAAUGGCUGGCUUGGAAUCAAAUGAUUUGUCAAUGCCAGAAGCUGAAGCACCGAAGGAAAUUGUCAGUGAAGCGAUUGGUAUUAGCGGCAACAAAAUUGACGACAGUUCAAGAAAGGAAAUAUCAGACGAGAUCAUGGCAGCAGCAGCAAUGGCUGUAGGUUCAAUCAGCAAGCAUGCAUUUGAUAUAAGAUUUAAUCCAGAUUGUUACUGUGAUACAGUGCGUCAUGCUGAAAGUGAAAACAUUGGAAAACAAAAACGUUUGGUUGCUGAAGCAGCUGAAUUUUUAAUUGUACAACAGUUACCUAAUUUUAUUCGUGAUUGUUUGCAACGUUCAAUUGUGCCUCUUGAUGGUCGGUCGUUGACUGAAUCAUUACAUUCACGUGGUAUUAAUAUUCGAUACCUAGGUAAAUUGACGAAAUGUAUUCAAAAUGUGGAACAGUUGACUUAUCUCAAGGUAAUAUCCAUGACUGAAUUAUUAUGUCGAUCUGCAAAACAUAUAUUCCGUGGUUAUUUGCAACCUAUACCAACAGGGCAUGCAGCUAUCGCAGUAUCACAUUUUCUCAACUGUUUUUUAACUGCUUCAACCGAGCCUUUAUCAUCGUUUAAUGAAGAGAUACCAGUACAAAUAAAUGGCAUUAGAAAACGGGCAGCAAAACGUCGGAAACACGUCAGCAGUGGAAAUAAAGAACAUGAUGACUGGGCGCAGCUCACAUCUAGUGUUUUUUGGAAACGAAUAGUAUCUGAAUCUGAUUACCACUAUGGAUUUAAGAUCGAGGGAGAUAAUAUUGACGAAUACUUGACUGCAUUUAAAAUUCAAAAAACUUCAGUUUUACGUCGUUUUGCUCAAAUAGUCGGAAUUCAAUUGCUUCUGCGAGAUUAUAAUUUGGAAACAACUAAAAAAUCUCCGUUGUUCAUGGAAGAUGAUAUACAGAAUUUAGUCUGUGUAGUCAAGCAUGUUGAUCCAAAAGCUGUCGAUGCUCAUAGUUUGUAUCUUUCUGGACAAACGAAAGCCCAACAAGGUCAUCUGCGUGCAGGGCUUGAUUUAGUGUUAGAAUCUUUAAAUUUGAUGAAUAACGUAUAUGGUGCAAUGCAUUCCGAUAUGGCUCAAUGUAUGCGUUUACUUGCUCGUCUUUCUUAUAUACUGGGAGAUCCAGCUGAAGCCUUAUCACAGCAGCAUAAAGCAACAUUAAUGAGCGAGCGUUGCAAUGGUUUGGAUGAUGCUAAUACCAUUAUGGAAUAUCUGAAUCUUGCCCAUUUCUCAUUUGCAAAUCUUCACAUUGCUGCAGCACUCAAAUUACUUUAUCGAGCCCGUUACUUGCUAUUACUUAUUCAUGGUGAAGACCAUCCAGUAAUGGCAGAAAUAGAUGGUAAUAUCGGUGUUAUAUUGCAUGCUGUUCAAGAGUUUGAUGAUGCUCUAAAGUUUCUUAAAAAUGCUUUAAAACUCCAUCAAAAAUAUUUGGAACCGCAAUCAUUGAAGAUAGCACUUAUAUAUCACUUAAUAGCGAGGACUUAUUCUUGCAGAGGAGAUUUUCGUUCUGCACUGCAGAUGGAGAAGGAAACGUUCACAAUAUAUGCGAAAACUUUUGGCAAUGAUCAUGAGAAAACUAGGGAAAGUGGUGAAUGCUUAAAGCAUUUAACCCGUCAAGCAGUGAUCUUCCAGAAGCGUAUUAAUGAAGCUAAUCGGCAAGGGUCUAACAAUCUUGGGCAGCUUCUACCUGUUGAGAUUCACCGUCCAUCGCUUCAAAGUGUAUUGGAAGUGCUGAAUAUAUUGAAUGGUAUUAUAUUUAUUCAGCUUAAAGGUGUUUCGGCAUCUUUAGAAGCAGAUCAAGAAGGAGAACGAUUGAAAUGUGAUGGUAUUAAGAAUAGUGAUGGUGUUAAUAGUAAUUCAUUAGUUGAAGCCAAAAGCUUGGAAAAAUAUGAAAAUUCCAGCACUGAAAUUGAAGCGAAACCGAAAAGUGUCAUGAAUAAUUCUAUUAUCAGUCAUGCGAAAGCAAGGCAAACAAUGGAAGAGGUAGCGUUAGACUGAUA